AUGAAGUACGCACUCAUCUUCGUUGCCACUGCCGCUGCCCACGAGGCCUACGGUGGAUACGGUGCGCAAGCAGAGUCCAGCUCCGUCGUCAAGCCGAGCACCUCCGCGAAGCCCAUCGGAUACACGACUAUCGUGCCCGGCUAUGGCAAGCAGCCGGUCACCGUGACCACUCAACAUCAGCCGUACCCCACCUGCGUGUCCCCCGCCUAUGGUGGUAAGGACUGCGCCAAGUGGGAUGAGGAUGCCUACGUAUCAACUGUCAUCAAGGACUACGACAACAACUACGCUACGAUCACCAAGACCGCGCAGCCCGUUGUUGUUUACCACACCAAGAAGACCAUCACCCACUCCGCUACUGCAACAGGCGGCUACGCGGCGCCCACUGGUCUCGCCCCUAAGAACGGCACUGACGGCUGCUGGUACGAGCUGUACGAGAAGAUUGAGUCGGUCCCAUACAACCAACUCGGUCCUCACGCACUUCCCGGAUACCCCGGUUCCGGCCUUUACAAGGAGGGCGAGCAGAAGCAACCCGUCAACGUCAAGGAGUACAAGGGCGGAAAGUGGUCCGAGUACGUCCACGAGUACUCUUACGGCACUCCUAAGCCUGAGGUCACCACUUACGAGAAGCCUGGUGUCUACACUGUCCCAAGCAAGGACGUCACCGUUGAGCACCCCGUCACUUACCCAGCUGAGGCCACAAAGACUGCGAAGGCUGGCGAGACAUGCACCUACGGAGGCCAGUACAUCGAAGCCAAGCAGACUGGCUACAUCACGGGCGCUUACGGUGCCUACGAGACAAAGGUCAACGGUGGCAAGACUGUCACCGAGACAGUGAUCAAGCACACCACAAUCUAUGCCUCCACCACCGGCAACUACGAGGUCGCGAAGCCCACCACCACCGUCUACGACCACGACACCGAGGUCGCAUACCCCACCGCUAAGCACUACGAGGCGGGUGUCUACCACCAUGAAGCUCAGACUGUCACCAUCACCAAGCCUGGACAAGCCUACACUUGCGAGUACGAGCAGACCAAGAAGCACGAGGCUACCUCAGCACCUGCGAAGAGCAGCGGUCAUGCAGCCUACCCUACCUCUGCCUCUGCUCCCGCUCACGACAACUCUUACGGCCACAACAAGCCAUCUGCUACUCCCAAGCAGCCUACUGAGGGUGACAACAAGUACCCCUCGUACCCCUCGUACCCCGCCGGUCCCAUGAACGGACACUCAUCUUCAGUCCACGAGGCAUACCCAGCUUCCACUCCUUCUUACCCCAAGAAGCCUACUGAGGGCGAGAACAACUACCCCUCCUACCCUGCCGGUCCAGCUAAGGGUCACUCCUCAUCUUCGGUUCAGGAGUCUUACCCAGCUUCAACUCCUGCCGGUGUCUACUCCAAGCCAUCCUACAACGGCGGCAACGCCUAUGGCAACAACGGCGGCAACGCCUAUGGCAACAACGGAAAGUCUACCAUGGCCACCGUCUCCACCAAGGAGUACCCACACCCGGAGUCCACCCCUGCUUACGGCACUGAUUCAUCAGUGAUGGCCAGCUCCACGCCCUGCGAGAGCAGCACUGCUUCCGUUACCCCUGCUUCAUCGUCCGUCUACAGCGCUUCCACCCCCGCUGCCGUCAGCUCUGCUCCUGCCUAUGGCACUGAUUCGUCUGCCGUUGCCAGCUCUACCCCUUGCGAGAGCAGCACCGCAUCCGUCACACCUGCCAAGUCCUCUAGCUACAGCGCUUCUACCCCCGCUGCUGUCUACUCCAAGCCCUCAUACAACGGCAACAACGGCUACGGCGAGAACGUCAAGUCGACUCUCUCCACCAUCUCUACCAAGCCUUACCCUGCGUCCACUCCUGUAGAGCACUACCCCGCGAGCGCCAGCUCUACUCCUUGCGAGAGCAGCACCGCAUCCGUCACACCCGCCAGCUCAUCCGUCUACAGCGCCCCGGUCUACAGCCAGGCUACCCCCAGCCCAGCCGAGUCUUCGUCCACCAGCACUGAGGUCUACAGCCAGGCUUCCUCAACUCCUUGCUCUUCCUCUGUACAGUCGACCCCGACUCCCGUCCAACCGACUUCCACUCCUGUCUACGAGAACGCAUACCCCGCUGGCGCCACCUCCACCCCUUGCGAGAGCGACAAGCCUUCCGCUACUCCUGCUGUUCCUGCCGCGUACACCCCUGCCCCUGCUGAGGGCUACGGCAAGACCCAGACUGGCUACUCCAGGCGUAGUGGAAUGAGCCAGCGCCGCGCUGCGCAGUAG